AUGUACGAUUCAAGUGGCCGGCUAUAUGAGCAAGAAGAGUAUGCUUCUUGCUUCGUCCGGAUGUACACCCAGCAUCCUGGCGACUACAUGCAGCGAUGCCUGGAGAAGUGGGUCACCUUUCAGAAGCGACCCUCUCUCAUACUCUUCUCCAAGGACCCGAUCUCAGCUGCGUUGUCCCUCAUGGGCUUUCAGUGCUUGCUCUUCGUUGGGGGCUUCGCAUGGAUCUUGACUGUUGCGUUCAAAGUGAAAGAAGUGCACCGGCCGGGUUACUAUGCAUACUUGAUGGAGGAGAGGUUUCGGCAGUUCUCAAUGACCGACAUGAAGGAGAUCGAAAAGCGUGGAUGUGGAUGGGAGUCGUUCUUAGAGCUGUUCGCAAACUGCUGGGUGGGUCUCGUAGCCAUGGCAGUAAGUGUGCUGAGCCUGGUGAGUACGAGGCUAGCAAAGCAGAUCAUCAUAAUCGGCGGAUUAAUUCAUGCAACGGCCAGCCUGUGUGUAUUCGCAGAGAUGGUGCACAGCGGCAAGAGGAAGUCGGUGAUGGGGAUGUCGUCGCACGUUUUCUUGAUCUCGACAUUGACGGAUAUGCUUGUGUUCCCCUUGCCUCUGAUCCGAUGGGAAGCUUAUGCGAUUGAGCUUGUAAUGGUGGGAUCGCUCAUUGAGUUUGUUAGUGCAUGGGUGGACAACUCGUUGCCGUACAAGAUUCUGCCGAUCUUGAUUCUAUCGGGAGCGUCGCUAGGGAUGCGCGAAUUCAUCAGGAAAAGAUCCUUGUGCAGGGUGAGAGAGAUGCAGGAGCGGGAUACAGCAGCUGAAAGAAGUUGUUUCGCAAGCAAUGCUGCGGUCGAAGGCAAUUCAGGGCAGUCUCUGCUUUCAUCUUCAUCGUUGCUGCCCGUGUCGUCGGAGCCGAGCAUGAUUGUUAAGUUUGCCAGGGAGCUUCAGGAGAAGGAUCUCGACCAGCUGUACGCUCAGGCGGUGCUGCUCCAGCCCAUGUUCUUAAGCAAGGUGCAGGCAUGGGCAGAGGCAAGCGACGGCUACUUCCUGAUGAGCACGCCUUCGGGGCAGAGGAAGCACUACAUCCGAUGGCGAGACUUCAAGAAUGACAUCUCGUGUGCGCCUCGGAUCAAGUGGGCGUCGAUCAAGAACGCCAACCGAGCGAUCGAGAAGAUCCUGCUGCUGGGCGGGGGGGACACGUCCAUUCUGACAGAUAUUGUGCGGCAGACGAUCAUCUUCCUGGACGUGCAUCAGCUCUGCGCCUGCGUCGACCUGAUCAUCAACGACCCAGAGGUGGAAGUGGUGAGGAUCAAGAACCGGCUUGACCCCAGCUACAACGCGUCGUCGUCUGGGGGAUACCGAGACGUGGGGCUGAACUUGCGGGUGAUCCACGAGGGGGCGAAGGGCUGGGGAGUAGCUGGGCACAUCUGCGAGCUUCGGCUUGCGGUGCGGUUGCUGCAUGUGCUCGUUGACAGCAAGGGUCAUGCGCUCUAUGUGUCGAUGAAGCACGUGCUUCGCUUCAGAAGAUCGUCGGAGUGGUGGACAAGAUCGGAUACAGAGAAGAAGGAUGGUAGGGACAUCAUGAGGAAGAGGCGAUCGUCUGGGUCGUCCGGGGCUGCGGAAACUCUGCUGCCAACGCACAUGUCCAGCUCGAUAGGCUUCUCAAAGUCGCUAGCACAGGAGAGAUCGGACAUUGCGCUGUUGAUCUACAAGAGCAUGUAUCCCGGCAACAUCCUGGACAAGUAUCUGUCGUCGUCUGGGUAUGGCGUGUCGAAAGCAGACACGACUAGCGUGCUGUACUCGUCGCAUCCGCUCAAGAACGUGCUCCACAAGACGUCGUUCCAAGUUCUGCUGCUGCUCGUGGGGGGCGUGCUUUUCUAUCUCUACAUGAACAAUUUCAAUUAUGUUUCAGUGUUUCAAGGCCGAGCGGUUUAUCUGAGGCACUUGAAGUGUGGAUUCGAAGGCUACUCCAACGCCUCUGCUUGGGCUGAUGCUGACGUGGCGAUCCAGGACUUGGCUGCGGUAAAGGAUACAUGUCGGGAGUACAUGUGGACCUCAAGCAAAGUGGCUGGAAGCAACAUCUUCUUUUCAUUUCCUCCGAACACGUUUGUCAAUGGCGUCAAGUUUACGCUGACGCCACACCUGAAGUCUUAUCUUAAGUCCUCGAGGCUCUCAUGCGACUACACCUCCGACGGGAAGAUUGACGACCCAACGAGAGCAAAAGAGGGAUGGAAGCCGCUCUUUACGGUCGAGAGUUGUCAAGAUGGUCUUGGUCUUCCUUUCUGCCGGGCAGACUUCUCUCCUCGCAUCGAUGAGUCUCUUCUUGUGGACCUCCGUUUCACAUGGCGCGUCACGUGCAACUUCUUACUGGCCGUGCUGCAGGUCUUUGGCUGUCCUGGAUCCGCGAUCCUCGCGCGCUUGAAGAAGAUUCAUGCAGCCAAGACCGUGUUUGCGUCUGCUUUCCAUGUGGUAGGACUCAUCGAAUUCUUCUUGGCAAUGUCACCCGAGGAAAACAGGCAGGCAUACUACCUAGUGUGGUCGGUCAUGGACCUUUCGAUGGGGCUGAUCCUUCAGUUUCAAGAGCGUUACAUGAUCAAGGGAUUACUUGUUUACAGCGUGAUCACGUCGUUUCUUCCUGCUGCUGCUCAAUAUAGGUUGGACUUUUCUCAGAUUAUGUGGUGGGACAUCGCAAUGAGCAGCGUUGGGUUGCUGGGGCUGGUGAUCUUGUUUACGUUGCACAGACAAUUCAUCGUCUUCAAGUCUCGAUGGCAGAUCAGUGGAGAUAUGAAAAAGUACAAUCAAUGUUGGUUGAACAUCUUUUCUCGGGAUGGUGCCGGUGAGGUGCUGAGGUCGCUCAAGCUCAUCUGCGAGCGCGUGAGGCCCAAGCAAGCUCUGCAGUUGAAAGUCUUCGAUGCCUCAUGUGCAUUGGAAUCGACUAUUCUAGACCCACUUGCAAGCAUGCUCAAGAGUCAGAAGGACAACAGCUUCUCAAAGACGUACCUGAAGCUUUCAAAGAAGAACGGCAAAAGUCAGGAAAGGGAGAUCGUGUCGCUCGACCAGCUUUAUGCUCAAGCGAUCCUGCUGGAGCCCAUGUUCUUGAGCAAGGUGCAGGCAUGGGCAGAGGCAAGCGACGGCUACUUCCUUGGGAGAGAUGGGAGGCUUGUGCGAUGGCGAGAGUGCGUUGAGGAUGAAGCAAACAGACUCGAGGUCAAGUGGGCGUCGAUCAAGAACGCCAACCGAGCGAUCGAGAAGCUGGUCAGGUCUUACUUCGGGAGAAUUGCCAAGCUCACCGACGUGCUACGGCAGACGAUCAUCUUCCUGGACGUGCACCAGCUCUGCGCCUGCGUCGACCUGAUCAUCAACGACCCAGAGGUGGACGUGGUGAGGAUCAAGAACCGGCUUGACCCCAGCUACAACGCGUCGUCGUCUGGGGGAUACCGAGACGUGGGGCUGAACUUGCGGGUGAUCCACGAGGGGGCGAAGGGCUGGGGAGUAGCUGGGCACAUCUGCGAGCUGCAGCUCCUGCUGGAGGAGUUUGCGGCUCUCAAAUCGACGGACGGGCACAAGAGAUACGUGAACUGGAGAAACUCGCGGUGCGAGUAA